GUCAGAGGGGGCGCGCAGCGGCCGGACAACGGCGAGACGAUUCUGAAAAGCUCCAGAUUUGAUCUAAUCGCGCUCGUCGGUUACUGUUAAUUCCUGCUCGGAUACCAUCUGGAUCACUGGAAUAGAGACAAUCGCUGUCACACGCCGCGGUUGCGAUUUAAUUGUUAAAGGCAGGGUGGGUGGGUUUCACUGAUAGAUGUUAGCGUUAGCUAACAGACUAGCCAAACGAGCUAAUACGGGCUAGUUAACGUUAGCUCGGUGAAGAAGAGCGGGGAGGGGAUUGAGGAAGACUGUUUGGGCCAGGCCGCUCCAGUUUGGGGGAAUGUGAGCCAGAGGUGCGCAGGGGGGUUUGCUCGCUUCGUCCCACACGUCCUUACACCAAUCAACCGGGAUGGGACAGCAGGUAGGCCGCGUCGGUGAGGGCACAUCGACCGGACUCCAGCCACCACAGCCCCACGCGUCCCAACCACACCAAGGGAAGGGGAACCGGGGGAGCGGCGCCGGGAGGAGACCCCGAGAACCCGGCAGUAGCACCGGGACACCACCGGGCAGGGCUGCUGCAGUCAACGUGCCCGAUCCAGGGAUCAAUAUAUUCACGAAACAUUCAGAAGCUCUGCACCGGCCGUUCGGCCUGGACUCUGCGGCGCUGACGGAGGCGGUGCGCUGGAGCUCCAAGGAGAACCUGCUGGGUGCGGCCGAGAGCGACCCUAACCUCUUCGUUGCACUUUAUGACUUUGUCGCCAGCGGAGACAACACGCUCAGCAUCACUAAAGGUGAGAAGCUGCGUGUGCUGGGCUACAACCAGAAUGGAGAGUGGAGUGAAGUGCGCUCUAAGAACGGCCAGGGUUGGGUGCCCUCCAACUACAUCACACCAGUCAACAGUCUGGAGAAGCAUAGCUGGUACCACGGGCCCGUGUCUCGCAGCGCUGCAGAGUACCUGCUCUCAUCCCUCAUCAAUGGGAGUUUUCUGGUCCGGGAAAGCGAGAGCAGCCCCGGACAGCUGUCCAUAUCCCUGCGUUAUGAAGGGAGAGUGUACCACUACCGGAUCAACACAGCCUCUGAUGGAAAGGUGUAUGUGACGUCCGAGAGCCGUUUUGCCACCCUGGCCGAGCUGGUCCACCACCACUCCACUGUAGCCGAUGGCCUGGUCACCACAUUGCACUACCCAGCACCCAAAUGCAACAAGCCCACAGUGUACGGUGUGUCACCCAUCCAUGACAAGUGGGAGAUGGAGCGCACAGACAUCACCAUGAAGCACAAGCUGGGAGGAGGCCAGUAUGGGGAGGUGUAUGUAGGAGUGUGGAAAAAGUACAACCUCACGGUGGCUGUCAAAACGCUCAAGGAGGACACCAUGGAAGUUGAAGAAUUUCUCAAAGAGGCAGCAGUUAUGAAGGAGGUCAAACAUCCAAACCUCGUUCAGCUUCUAGGUGUGUGCACAUUGGAGCCUCCGUUUUAUAUUGUAACUGAGUACAUGCCACACGGCAACCUACUGGACUACUUGAGAGAGUGUGACAAAGAGGAGGUGAAUGCCGUGGUGCUGCUCUACAUGGCCACACAGAUCUCUUCUGCCAUGGAAUACCUGGAAAAGAAGAACUUCAUACACAGGGAUCUUGCGGCGAGGAACUGCCUGGUCGGGGAGAAUCAUGUUGUGAAGGUUGCAGACUUUGGCUUGAGCAGGUUAAUGACUGGCGACACCUACACUGCUCACGCUGGGGCCAAAUUUCCCAUCAAAUGGACCGCACCUGAGAGCCUUGCGUACAACACCUUCUCCAUCAAGUCUGAUGUCUGGGCAUUUGGGGUGCUGCUGUGGGAAAUUGCCACAUAUGGCAUGUCUCCAUAUCCUGGCAUCGAUCUGUCUCAGGUCUAUGACCUCCUGGAGAAAGGAUACCGUAUGGAACAACCUGAGGGAUGUCCACCCAAAGUCUAUGAACUCAUGAGAGCAUGCUGGCAGUGGAGCCCAUUGGACAGGCCUUCAUUUGCAGAGAUCCACCAAGCCUUCGAAACAAUGUUCCAUGACUCCAGCAUCUCUGAAGAAGUAGCAGAGGAGCUCUGUAAGACAGCCUCCUCUGGUCACUGUGGACCAUUGCACUCUUUCAGUCAUGACAUGCCCCUGCUGCCUUCCAAAGCUCGCACACCCCACAAGCACACAGAAAACAAGGAAAACAUCGAGGGUGGACUGGACGGACGCACUGACCACGGCACGCACAGCCACUCAGGCUGGGCUUCUUUGCUGGGAGGCGAUGGACGAUCAGGCAGCUCCCCAGCUCUGCCCAGAAAACAGCAGCCACGAGAUAAAUCUCCCAGCAGCCUUUUAGAGGAUGCACAGGACAUGGGCACAUUUACACGAGACCGCAAGGCUGGUUUCUUUAGCUCCUUCAUAAAGAAGAAAUCCUCCUCCUCUUCUUCAUCCUCACCAUCCUCGCAGCUCCAACAGAACCUCCCGACGCCACCCAAGAGGAGCAGUUCUUUUCGAGAGAUGGAGACACAGCCUCACAAGAAAUAUGAACCCACUGCUGAUUUCAGCGCUCCUCCUCCUUUGCCCCAGUCGGACAGUUUAGGGGGCUUCUCUGCCUCUCCUUCCCACUCCCAUGGGGAGCCCACCCAGGCUCAGUCACGCUGCUGUGGGGCUGCUUUUGGACAGAAACCCUCUGGUGGAGGUCUUGCUUCACAGGUGACGAGCGGCAGCAGUUGGGGUGGGUUUGCUGGCUUUUUUACCCCCAGACUAAUCAAAAAGACCCUUGGCCUACGGACAGGAAAGACAACCUCUUCUGAGGAGGGUGGAAGUAUAGUUGGAGGGCCUAAACCCUUUCCUAGGUCCAAUUCUACCUCCUCUAUGUCGGCUGGGCUGCCAGACCUGGAGCGCAUGGCUCUAACUUUACCCAGGAACCGCAGUGCUAAACCCCCUCUGGAGAGGACUGCCUCCACAACCUCUCAGCCGGAGAAUGGGGCUGCACGGCCCUCAGAAACUCUGCUGAGGAGGAUGGAUGAGGGGACCGCACAGAUCAGGGAAAGGCCCAAAGCUAAGCUACUACCCCGGGGGACUGCUGUAGGGGUGAGGGCACCAGGAGUUGGGGGGGAAGUGGGGGAAUCGGACAGUCUCUCCCGGGUCAGGGAGGGUAGAGAGGAGAGUGGGGGAGGACUGGACAGGCAGCAGAGUUGGUCAUCUCCCUCUAAGUCUUCUGGUUCGAGUGCAUCCUCAGCUGCAGCAGGUGCACCGACUCACAACCACAAAGUUCCAGUCCUGAUCUCCCCCACGCUGAAGCACAGCCCAGCUGACGUGCACCUGGUCGGGCUAGACUCUCAGGGGAACCGCUUCAAACUGCUGUCUGAGCACCAAGCAGACCGGGACAGGCCGCGGCUUGUAAAACCCAAGUGUGCUCCUCCCCCACCUCCCACUCUACGCAGCCUGCAACACUCCUACAGCGGUGACGGAGAGGAGCAGGUAGGAGGUGCACCUGUGGAAGUGAAUGGAGACACAUUAAAAGGUCACAGGUCAGGGCGAACGUCAGGAGGAGCGACGACGGGCAGACCGUCAGUGCCACCACCACAAGUGCCUCCUGCAUCUUCCUCCUCCUUUUCCUCUGCUUCUUCUUCUUCUUCUGCCACCACCAACACGACGCCCACCAAAAUGGCCAACGGAGCCACCACCACUGCCUCGUCCUCACACACAGCACCAUCUGCCGGUUCCAAGGUGGCAUUACGGCGAACCAGGCAGCAGGCGGAGAGGGUACCCCUGGAGCGGGUCAGCCGUGAAGCUCUGCUGGAGUGCGCUGAGUGCCUGAGCAGCGCCCUCCACGCCAGCGCCGAAAGCCCCUCCAGCAGCCAGGUGCUGGACGCUGGCCACCAGCUGCUAGACUACUGCUCAGGUUACGUGGACUGCAUCCCUCAGAUGAGGAACAAAUUUGCCUUUCGAGAGGCGGUGGGGAAGCUGGAGCUCAGCCUGCAGGAACUGAGGGCCUCAUCUUCAGGAGGAGGACUGAGCAAUGUGGGGCCCAACACUGUACUGGACAACCUGCACAGCUGUAUUAAAGAGAUUAGUGACGUAGUACAGAGGUAGCCACUGUGACAACACCAACCGUCACCCCUAACUACCCAACAGAUCACUUAUCUUCCCUUUUUUUUUAUGUUUCUGGUUCUAUUGACAGCUUUUUUGGGGGACGAAUUGAGAUGAAUCUCUAAUGUACCUCAAAGAAAUCUCUACACAACAUUGUCUUUUUAUUGUUUACAAACAACGGUUUCAUAAAAUGCCAGUGUGGACACUAACUUUGCUCUGACCUGUACAUAUUGAGAAAUGUUUAUACCAAACUAAAUGUGGUUUAAGUCACGCCAUGAAAUAUUUCGCCACAAGUCUCCACCAGGCCGUGACGAUAACGGCCUCUUUGUUAUAUGAAUGUCGAGUGUAUCAGCUGUGUGUAGCCAGCCCAGAGAGUAGGUGAAGCUCCCUCUGCUUAUCUGUCAGUCUGUCACAUUACUGAGCGAGAAUGAUGGUGGUUGUGCCCAGCCUUACUGAGAAUACUAGUCAACUGUUUUUCCCUGACUUAAGCUCAAGCAGUGUUUCACAAACAUGUGAGUCACGAGUUUUUUGCUCACUGUCUGGGAAAUUUGGUGACCAUAAGCCAUUUAAAAAAAAAAGCCAUCUGGGGUUUCAAUUUGACACUUUUAUUUUAUGUGCACAUUUUUUUCUUAUUAUGUCAGUUUUAUUUCAUAGAUUGCAAGUGGCAGUCACUAUUUUUCAGCAGUAGUUGGACAAUUGUGAUAAAAGAAUAAAUCCCCCCCAAAAACUGCUCUUUUUUUGUGAUUAAAGUCUUGUUUUUGAGAAUAAUCUUAAGAGAAUAAUCCGUUGUUUUGACAGUGACAUUCCCACCUGGUGAGACCAUUGAAAGCUAGUGAAGGGAUCACUUAGAGGUUUGAAACUUGUGUUCAUUUGACAAGCAUGUAAAUAAGCUCAAAUGAAACGCUGACUUUACAUUUCAGUAAUACCAAAUACAGGCUCAUCAAAUCUAAAAAAAAAAAAAAAAGACAAGAAAAGAUUUCUAUGAAUCCGUUUUGUUUAUUUCCCCACAAUACUGAAGCAUACACAA